CCCGACGCCCCUCGCGAUGUCCCUCCUUCUUCAACUAACCCUUUCCAGAGGAGCCGUGAGAGCCAGGAACUUAUGAGGUUUGAAGUGAGGCAUAGUUCCCCGCCCCCCGACACCCUCGCGAUGUCCCUCCUUCUUCAACUAACCCUGUCCAGAGGAGCCGUGAGAGCCAGGAACUUAUGAGUUUUGAAGUGAGGCAUACUUCCCCGCCCCCCGACGCCCCUCGCGAUGUCCCUCCUUCUUCAACUAACCCUGUCCACAGGAGCCGUGAGAGCCAGGAACUUGUGAGUUUUAUGAGUUUUGAAGUGAGGCAUACUUCCCCGCCCCCCGACGCCCCUCGCGAUGUCCCUCCUUCUUCAACUAACCCUGUCCACAGGAGCCGUGAGAGCCAGGAACUUGUGAGUUUUAUGAGGUUUGAAGUGAGGCAUAGUUCCCCGCCCCCCGACGCCCCUCGCGAUGUCCCUCCUUCUUCAACUAACCCUGUCCAGAGGAGCCGUGAGAGCCAGGAACUUAUGAGUUUUGAAGUGAGGCAUACUUCCCCGCCCCCCGACGCCCCUCGCGAUGUCCCUCCUUCUUCAACUAACCCUGUCCACAGGAGCCGUGAGAGCCAGGAACUUGUGAGUUUUAUGAGGUUUGAAGUGAGGCAUAGUUCCCCGCCCCCCGACACCCCUCGCGAUGUCCCUCCUUCUUCAACUAACCCUGUCCAGAGGAGCCGUGAGAGCCAGGAACUUGUGAGUUUUAUGAGUUUUGAAGUGAGGCAUACUUCCCCGCCCCCCGACGCCCCUCGCGAUGUCCCUCCUUCUUCAACUAACCCUGUCCACAGGAGCCGUGAGAGCCAGGAACUUAUGAGGUUUGAAGUGAGGCAUAGUUCCCCGCCCCCCGACGCCCCUCGCGAUGUCCCUCCUUCUUCAACUAACCCUGUCCAGAGGAGCCGUGAGAGCCAGGAACUUAUGAGUUUUGAAGUGAGGCAUACUUCCCCGCCCCCCGACGCCCCUCGCGAUGUCCCUCCUUCUUCAACUAACCCUGUCCAGAGGAGCCGUGAGAGCCAGGAACUUAUGAGUUUUGAAGUGAGGCAUACUUCCCCGCCCCCCGACGCCCCUCGCGAUGUCCCUCCUUCUUCAACUAACCCUUUCCAGAGGAGCCGUGAGAGCCAGGAACUUGUGAGUUUUGUAUGUCCACUCAGGCAUCAUUCAUACCUGGUCUGUAGGAAGUUCCUGUCAGAAGGAGGGGGGCACCGCGAGGGCGUCGAGGGGCGGAAGGCGGUGCCUUAG